AUGCCGCCAUCAGGCUACCAUCUGUUCUGGAACAACCUCUCAUACACUCCAUGGCCAACGGAGGGGCUCUUCGCAGAACCUCUCCCGUAUCCACGUCCACGCAUCGACGCCAGGGUCCUAGAGCAGUUCCUCCCAGCCGAUAGAAACCGAGCGCUUCAAGGCCUCCGAAUGGCCGCGAUCGAUGAGUUUCUCGCUCCCAUGAUUCUCGAUCGUCUACGGAACGAACGCCCCAGGGAUACACACCAUUACCGCGAGAUAUUCAUGGCAAACCAUCCCAUCAGGGGACAAGACUUUCCAACCGCAGAACAGCUAGAGCCCUUGCUUGUAUCUGCGCGAGGCUUCAUAUCCCAUGAACGCCAGGUUCUUGGCUAUGACUACUUCAGGGUCAAGAUCUCUCGGGAGAUUUGGAAUGAAGCAAUGCCAUAUCUAGGUCUCCAGGAUGGUUGGCAUGACGGUGCUAAUCUCACGCGUAUCAUAGCCUCUUACAUUAGGUUUGACUUCGUUGAAGGAAGGCCGACGUGGCGCGGAGCGGGCUUCGACGAUGAUGUGUUCAACGCCGCCGUCGCAACGCCAAUCGGCGGCAGUGGCGGAGUCUGGCGUCCAGGCGCCAAUCAAGGUGAAGACAACGGCCAGCAUUCGGUUCUAGAUGUUGCCGUUCGAUGCCAAAUACCCGAUAGCGAACCCGAAUGCAGCAUUUGCAGGGAAGAAUUAGAAUAUGACUUGACUCAAGAUCAAGACCACGGCCCGGUUCGAACCGCAUGCCAGCAUGUCUUUGGAGAGUCCUGCUUGCAAAGCUGGCUAUUAGGCUUCCCAAUAGAACUGGCCAACUGCCCCAUGUGCCGUCGCCCUUUGCGACGUCCCGUCGAAACUACCACUGCACCCUCUGAAGUCGGCCAAGCCCAACAGACUGCAGAGAAUACCGAGGAGACCAUCCCCACGGCGAUUCCAGAGAAUACUGUGGUUAAUACCAUGGCUGAAGCUCGACAGCUCGCAGAACACACGCAGGGCUCCAUGAAUGACCUUAUGGAGGCAGCGCUAGCUGUCCUGGGCAACCUGGAUGCCCCAGAAGGCUUGAAUGAGGCUAAAGACAAAAAAGACUAG